UCAGAAGUCGCGAUUACCAUUUGGCGUUGUUACUCGAUACCCAACAAUUUGCCUAGGAACCCUCGGUCAAUCAACCAUCUCACUCAACCCCAAAUAUUGGGAAAGCGCGACUUCAACAACGAGUGCUUGGUGUCUGACCUAACCAAGAAUUCUGUCAGACUACACCUUUCUUGGCUUUAAUUGAAACAAAGUUGAACAGUAGGAGAACUAGGAUAAGCCCGUACUCAUCAACGCCGUCCGCUAAUUCCAACCUAAGAACUAAUGUUCUUAGCUAUGCUCCACAAAGUCACGUUAUCGAAAUGACAUCUUCGCCUACUCGAAAGCACCGAGAUUUAGUUUCAAUAUAUUCAACAUAUGCGAAUGGGUUGUUGGUUGGUGGCGAAAUAAGGUUCGCUUAAACGGCUAAAUUCAACUGACAGAUCCGAGUUGUUAUUGCUUUUACGUGCAACCAGUCAUGUCAAGACGUCUACAAUGUAUAAUUUUAGUUUGUGUUUUUGGAUUAAGUAACUGCGUUCAAGUUUCAGGACUUAUAUAUCCUGUGGCAUUCUACCCAUUUAAUAACGAGUACAAAGCAUCUGACAUUAGUUGCUACAGAAAYAAAGAAGGAAAUGUUGUUGGUGCCAAGUUAACUACAGGCCCGAAUGGAGUUCCACAGUCUGCCUAUGACUUUGCAGCUACUAAAACAAACUACAUUGAACUUCCUGGUACUGAGUACACAGAUACUAAAUAUUCAAUGACUAUUCUUAUUUGGGUAUACCACUCAGGGUUUUCYGGACCAAUAGUUGACUACGCUACUGAUGGGUCUGGUGUUAAUUUAUGGAUGACUGGUAAAGACACCUUAUAUGGAAAAAUAAAUAGCCGUAAUGGCGAAACAAAUGAGUUUCUCAGUAGCAAUCAAAUAGCAUUGCAAUAUAGCUGGAAUUAUGUUGGUAUUAGUUACAAUUAUGGCACAGGUUAUGCUAAAUUAUGGGUUAAUGGUAUCAAAGUGCAARAAGUUUAUGUUGGCAAUAUUGAACUAAAGACUGCAGGUUUGUUACGUCUGGGUGCAUUAGACACUGAUGACCGAUAUUUCCGUGGUAAGAUAUCAUGUCUGCAGAUCUAUGAUAAGGCACUGACAGCGUCUGARAUAUUGGUUGCUAAGAAUAGAUGUAAGAAGCCAGGUCACACUGCAAUAGACUGCACCAAAAAAGGCAACACAGAGUGUGGAGGUACAAUAUCAUCRGAAGCAGGUACCAUAAUGUCCCCACGGUACCCUAGAGAGUAUCCUCCUAACACAAAGUGCAUUUGGAAGCUUGAAACUCCCAAGGGUAAAAGAAUCAUGAUAAGAUUCAGGAACAUCGACCUGGAGAAAGAAUCCUACACUUGCGGCGACUACAUUGAAGUUUAUGAUGGCUUCAACACAUGGUCAACACGAUUAGUCAAAUACUGCAAAUCACCAACAGAUAAGCCAUUUGAUUUCUUAUCAAAGUCCAACAAAAUGAAGAUAGUGUUUCAAAGUAAUAGYGACAAUCACGGAAAAGGAUUUUCUGCCUCCUAUAUAUCUGAAGAUCAAGUAAAACCAGCUUCAAAAGAAAACAAUCUGGACCUAAGUGUUCAUUACACUGGAAUUGUAAUAGGUGUUGCUUGUGCWGCACUUUUAGCAGCAUUAACUAUCAUUGCAAUCAAUCAUAAUAAGCAAAGCAGAAGAAGACGAAGCAGYACCAUGUCAUCWAGAAGGUCAAGAAGAUCAGAGAGUGUUUCUUGCACCGAUGCUUCAUUGCCGUCAGGAGCACCUCCACCUUAUCACAUAGUAAUGCAAUGUCCAGAGCUCUAUCCACCAUCACCACAGAUGACCCCAAUUCCAUGUACAGGAGGCRUAAGACCAAGACCGUCUCCUGCUACAAGGGCCUGUAUCUACAACAGUUCCUCAGAUGAUUCAGAUGCCGAAGGUCUACCACCUUAUCCUGGCAUCACUGGUACAGAAUUAAGAAAACUAGGACAACAAAUAUAUCACUUAGCAACUGAGGCACAAAAUACAAAUAUUUCACAAUCUAUGUCAAGCACUGAUGAUGCAGAUGAUCCACUGACAGAAAGCACAUCAAGUAUUUCUGCAACAAUUCAUGAGAAUCACAACCAGUUUAGUAACCACUCUAUAACUGGCUCUUGUCAGGAAAACAAUGGUCAUUUGCCAGAAAUUUUGGAAAAUGAAAUGAGAUCUCCAUAUUGUGAAAAUGAAGAAGAUGGGGAAACGUCAAGAGACAUGUCAUACAAUCAGGAGCAGUGUAUAUGUGACAUUCUGGACCAUAAUGGCAGAGAACGAGGUGAUACACUGAGUAGUAUAGUAGGGACAGUAGUGUAGAGUCACAUGGUUAUCAGUGACUUUAACRUCRGAGUUGGAGUGGCAAAUGCACUGUGCAUUAGAUAAUAUAUUUUUMAAGAGAUGCAACAUGUUGACACAAGAUUCAACAUUACUUCAUUAGUCAAGUAUUAUAUGACUGCAUAAAAGUUGUGCCAUCUGACAAUACAUUCAGCAAUAACACAAAGAACCACAGCUAGGCUUUGGGAUGUAGGAACAGUGUAUCUUGGCAUAMAAYUAUCUCAAUCCUGUAACUUCUAUCAGUGCAUUUAGAUCUGAAAGUGCACUAUGCCAUCUUGCAAGGAACAUAAAUGGCAGGUUGUGAAUGGAAUAAAACAAUGUCCACUUCCCCAUCAACCAUCUUCAAUAUUACCAACAUUCACUGAAUCAGUACAAUAUAUUAUUAUAAUUUAGUAUAUCUACAGUACUAGCAUGUGUUCAGUUCCAGGGCUUCCAUYAAUAACAGAUGCAUUUGCACCUGAUGGGACCACCCUGAGCCUUAUACUAAAUAAACUAAGAUAUAUUCAGUUGCAAGCUACAUGUAGGUACAUGUAUAGUCGUGCAUUUAACUCAACUAUAGUCUUCCUAGGAAAAACAAAAACAUCCAAGAUAAAACAAAGUGGAACAAGACAAUGCAUUGUUAUCAUGAAUGCAAGUUAUACAUUUUGUGCUCCUAMUUGUUGUCAUAGAGAAAUAGGACAUUUGAACUGUUGUAAAAAGAAAAUUCUU